ACUGAACCAAGACACCCAGCACCAUGGCGUUUGACGGCAACUGGAAGGUAGACCGCAGUGAGAACUAUGACAAGUUCAUGGAAGUUAUGGGGGUUAAUGUCGUGAAAAGGAAGUUGGCCGCCCAUGACAAUUUGAAGAUAACAAUUAAACAAGAGGGAAAUCACCUCUCCAUCAAAGAGUCCAGCACUUUCCGCACAAUAGAAAUCAAGUUCGAUCUGGGUGUCGAUUUCAACUACAGCCUGGCUGAUGGAACUGAGCUCAGUGGAUCUUGGAACAUGGAAGGCAACAAGCUUGUAGGAACAUUCAAAAGGGUUGACAAUGGAAACACGCUGAAGGCUUACAGAGAAAUCGUAGGCGAUGAACUGGUUCAGACUUACUUAUACGAAGGAGUGGAAGCCAAGAGGAUCUUCAAAAGGGCUUGAAUACAUCACUCCCUAGAUAGGAACCAAAAACCCAGGAUAAACGGCUGCCAUUUUCAUGUUUUCCACCAACUACAAAGCUAGGAAAUGAUCAGCACUUGUGCAACCACUAGUCAACUGUUUAGAUUUCCGGCCUCACCAAGUCAAAAGAAGCAAUAGUCAGAUUCGGACUAACAUGUUUUGCCUGCCCAAAUUCAUUUAGAUGUGGCCUUACGAGGAAACUAAAACUUUUGCCAUUUUUUUAAAAAUGGGAAAUAAAAAGUUUCUUCCUAAA